UUCUCUGUGCCAGAGCCUCAGCAUCUCCACAGGGAAGAAUUUGUUCCCAAUAUCCCAUGUAAACCUACUGCCUUUCAUGGAAGAGCUGGGGCAAAACGAGGGACUUUACGGCCACAUAACCCCGAGGAGCACAGUGCCACAGAGGGGGUACUCCAAAGGGGACUCUGCUCCACACCGUGAUUGCUUUGGGGAAUGUGAGAGAAAGGACGCUUUGCCUUUUCCCUCCGUCUCUCAACACCUUUCCCUGCCGCAGACGUCGGGACAGAGCGCAGGCAGGGGCGAUGCUGGAGGAAAACAAGCCGCGAGCCAGCUGAGGAGAGCCCUCGGCUGCACAAAAGGUGCCUUGUUCCCCCCAUGAGGCGGUCGGGCAGCACGUCCCCUCCCUCACCGGCGAUGGAAAACUGAGCUCUGAGCACUCCUUCACCUCCCCUCGCCACCUUCAACCUUCCCAUUGGGUACAAAAUGUUCUCGGGAGCAAGAAACCCGAAGUUCAACACGUCCCUCCUGGGCUCUUGGUCUCCUUGCCUGGGGAGUGGGCGAAGGCUGGAGCAGCCCCCGGCGCUCCCGGGGCCACCGGCUCCUGGUUAUACAGUAACCUGUUGCUCCGGGUCCCAGCUCCACCUCUCGCUGCCUCCACAUCCCUCCCCUCCUCUCUCCUCUGCCAAGGAACCUCUGUCACCUGCUCUCAGACACCGCGGCGAGCGGCACCGGGAGGAAAGGGCAGCGCGGAGCCGCGGCACGGGGACCCCAGGCCGGGGCGCCGGGUGGGCUCUGCCUCCCACUCUCCUUCAGCCUUCGGGGCAUCGGGCUCACAGCCUGGGCAGGGAGGACACGGAGCUUGACUGCUGGAGAAUGGCAGCAGGAUUUAACUAGGAAGGCACGGAAAACUGGGAGAGAACUCACGGGAGCCGAGCGAACUGCGGGAGACGAGAGCGGCUUCUCAGCACCGUUGCCUGGCCUGUGAAGCAACAUGAGUCACAAGGGAUCCCUCAACAGCAACCCCGGCUCAUCAAAUGGCAGCAUGGGCAAAGCCGAGGGAGCCUCCAAGCUGAGCGCAAAGGACCUGUACGAACAAAGGAAAAAAUACUCCAACUCCAACAUCAUUAUGCACGAGACUUCCCAGUACCACGUCCAGCACUUGGCCACCUUCAUCAUGGACAAGAGUGAGUCCAUCACGACAGUGGAUGAUGCAAUCCGGAAACUCAUCCUGCUCAACUCCAAAGAGAAGAUCUGGACACAGGAGAUGCUGCUGCAAGUGAACGACAAGUCCAUCCGGCUGCUGGACUGUGAGACACAGGAGGAGCUGGAGGACUUUCCCCUGCCAACAGUGCAGCACUGCCAGACAGUGCUCAAUCAGAUGCGCUAUUCCUCCAUCCUCCUGCUCGUGUGUCAGGAUUCUGAGCAGCACAAACCAGACAUCCACUUCUUCAACUGUGACGAGGUGGAGGCGGAGAUGGUUCAUGAGGACAUAGAAAGUGCCCUGGCAGACCACAAGCAUGGGAAGAAGAUACGGCCACAGACACUCAAGGCAAACCAGGAAAAGAUCAAGCAGAGACAAUCCAUCCUCCCCCCACCUCAAGGACCGGCUCCCAUCCCGAUCCAGCAUGACAUGCGAGGCUCAGCGAUGAACAGGAACAGAGUGGCACCUCCUUCCCAGCAUGAUCCAGACUAUGAACGACGAAGCUCUGGCUCUCACGACCAUGAGGAAUCCCGUGCCAUGUUAGCACAGAAGAUUGAAAAGGAAACGCAAAUCCUGAACUGCACCCUGGAUGACAUUGAAGUGUUUGUCGCCCGGCUCCAGAAGGCUGCAGAGGCAUUCCGACAGCUCAACCAAAGGAAGAAAGGGAAGAAGAACAAGAAGAAAGGGCCAGCAGAGGGAAUGCUGACCCUCCGAGCAAGACCCCCGAGCGAGGCCGAGUUCAUUGACUGCUUCCAGAAAACCAAACUGGCUUUUAACCUCUUGGCCAAACUGAGGAAGCACAUCCAGAACCCCAGCGCUUCGGAGCUGGUGCAUUUCUUAUUUGGGCCACUGGAACUGAUCAUCAAUAGCUGCGGAGGCCCCGAGCUGGCCCGGUCUGUCCUCAGCCCACUGCUUUCUAAAGAUGCCACCGAUUUCCUGAGAGGACACCUGACACCCAAAGAGAUAAACCUCUGGGAUUCCCUGGGGGACACAUGGACCAGAUCCAGAGCUGAGUGGCCCCGAGAUGCGAACAUCCCCACCUACAUCCCCAAAUUCCGCAACGGCUGGGAACCACCCACAGAGAUCUUCCGCGGAGCUCCCUGGGAAAUAGAUAUUGGUCACUUGCAAGAGGAGCUCUCCUCAGCCAAUGGAUAUCCUUACCGGAACUCCUCACUCAAGCGUGGCCAGACUGCUGAGCAGACACAGCCUGGGGAUGCCUUCAAACAGAAUACCACUCCACAUGGAAAUAGGAAUUUCGAGGCCCAGGGAGUGGCUGUGCCCAGGAGAUUUGCCAAAAUCCGCUACGAUUUCACAGCGCGAAACGCCAACGAGCUCUCGGUGCUGAAGGAUGAAAUCCUGGAGGUGUUGGAAGACAAUAAGCAAUGGUGGAAGUUGCUCAACCGGAGUGGGCAGGCUGGUUACGUUCCAUACAAUAUCCUGGAUGUGGUGAAACUGGAAGAGCUUGAACAGCAGUCUAACCAGAGGUACAAAGGAGACCUGAGCCCCAGGGGCUAUGGCCCAUCCAGUCCAACUCACAAGAUGCCUGCCAGCUAUGCCGGGGAUAAGUGGGGCAGUGAGAUGUUAUCACGCAACUCUCCACAGGACGCCAAAGAACAACUUAUUCACCAAAUGGAUGAGCUGAACGACGAGCUGCUAAAGAAGAUCACAAACAAUAAAAUUCAGCCUCCCCACAGGAAUUUCAAAGUGGAGAAGCCUCAGCAAGUUUUUGUGCCCCUCACCUUUGAAUCCAGCACUGAAGAAGUCAAAGCCUGGCUGGAGGCCAAGGCAUUCAGCAAAGAGACCGUGGAACACCUGGGCAUCCUCACCGGAGCCCAGCUCUUCUCCCUCAACAGAGAGGAGCUGAAGAAGGUGUGUGGUGAUGAGGGAAACAGAGUGUACAGCAAGAUCACGGUGGAGAAAAACCAGCUGGAGAAAAGCAGAGGGGAGUCAGAGCUCCAAGAAAUCAUGAAGCGCCGCCAGGAAAGGAUUGAUUCUGCUAAUUAAAGUCUCUCUGCUUUAUUUCAGCUCUUAGCCCUAAGUAGUGCAGAAAAAAAGGGAAUGAAAGCAAUGAUUCCCGGCCCAGGCCGGAGGCAGCAGAGCUCCCCUUGGGGUCCAGCUGCCAUCAGAGUGACAAUUCCUUGAACACUGUUGGGAAGGGUUGACAAUAGGACCAUAUCCCACUGGGAAAGGUG